UUGUGCAGUGGAGAUUUAAAUAGCCGCAGGUUAUAUGUUUCAUGUUAGUUAUGAAGGGCAAGAGCUUAAAAUAUAUGGAAGUAACAUAAGAAAAUAAUCUUAGGUUUUUAUGCUGCAGAAAAAAUGUUUUUAUCCGUGCUAGUGCGGUUUGUCUGUAUCUGGCUGCUUGUUUUAACAUUCAGUCCAAACAAAGUCGUUCCAAACAAAACAUACACAGUGGGGGAACAAAGAAUAAAUUUCAAUGAAAACCCAAUUCUAAGUGAAAAGUUUGAAUGUACGUACGUACCCGAGUUGAAACCAGGAAAUCCAAGUCAUAUUGAAGACUGUUGCAAGUACACCUAUGCCAACUUUUCUAGAUACUGGGCUAGCGGAGGCCUUUACAUAUCCCGACUAUUGGAAAGUUUAAAAGGUUGGAAUUGCACACAAUUUAAAGAUGAAUGUAGAGACAGAACUUUCAGUUACAACCGAUUCACUAAACUGAUGUAUGAUCGAUUCUGCAACCACUCCGAGUUAGUGAAUGAAUGUAACGAGGUGAUAGGCAAUGUUUUUGCAAACAGAUCGCGAGAAAUGGGAUCGUGGAAAGUUCUCACAAACGAACUAGCUGUUACAGACAUACCAAUUGAACAAGCCAGUAAACCGUGCGUACAGGUUGCUUUUUACGAGCGGGAUGCCGGCGGCUAUGGACAUUUUCACGAAGUUAUUCAGCCAUUUCUUCCAUUUUGUCCCUUUAUCUGGUGCGGGUUUGAUGAAAGAUUUGUGCUAAAUGGAAAGGCAUCGGUGUGGAACUGUAUGCCUCAUAGUUGCAGGGUGAACAUAGCAAUUGUCAUGGCAGUUUCGAUUGCUCUCGCAAUUAUUGUCAUAUUGGUCAACGGGAUUGUGCUGGCUGUGUUAUGCACACAAUCGAAAAUGCGAACAAGCCAAGGCAUAUACAAACUGUCCCUCGCUUUGGCUGAUAUCCUCGUAGGUGUAAUCGUUUUUCCAACCUUUGUAAGCAGUUUGUAUAAAUACCAAAUUGUUGAACAUAAUAUCGGUGAACUAGCCAAUGUCACUGGUUAUGUUAUAAAGGAGAGAGCAACAGAACCUGGCCAGAUCGCCACUAUGAGCAUGCGCAGUACGACCGGCCACUUUCGGGCGCAGUUUUCAAAAUCAUAUUUAAACUUUGUCGGUUUCUUUACCAUUCUCUCGCUAACGGUGUCGAUAUUAACUUUGGUAGCAGCUGGAAUUGAUCGGUUUAUCGCAGUGUUUCGGCCUACAAAGUACAAACAAAAUAUUGCUACACCUAUUGCUGUAAAAGUUACGGUAGCAUUGUGGGCAUUAUCGUUUUUAUUCUCUGUGUUACCGCUAUUUGUUCCGGCCUUGUCGUACACUUUGGUUGCCUCAAUAUUGGUCUCAUCGGCUGGGCCUCAAGUUUUGGUUCUAUACGCAUUUGCCUUUAUAGUCCCACUUCUACUAAUGUGGCUGGUGACCAUUUUGACAUUUACGGCAACACGGUCAUACAAAAACUCAUGGAAACGGCUUUCAACAUCUGACGACAGAAAAGCUCACGGGAUUAACGAAGCAAGGCUGGCUCGUACGCUUGGAGUUAUGGUCGGUGUAUUCACGCUCAGUAUAUUGCCGUCAAUUGUCGUUCUCAUCUGUGGUAUGUUCAUGAGUAACAUCUACCCAAACUUACCAAAGCUACUAAGUCCCACGGCCACGACAGGUUUUACGUCGGCUGAAGUUGUCGUUAUUUUUAUACUAAUGUGCAAUAGCAUUUGGAACUGCUUUAUCUACAGCAUCAGGGAGCAAGAGUUUCGCCGGGCAGCUGCACAAAAGUUCUUCUGUCGAAAAAAGAGCGGCCAACCGAACUUGGAUGAAACCGACCUCAGGGGACUCGAUGGACCCAUUGCAUCUGAAGUGUUUCAGCAAAACGAGGAAUACCUCGACCGAACUGUAUUUACAGAAAUCAAUUUAAAUCAGGAUAAAAAUUGUGAUGAUUCUGUAACCACGGCUGUAUAACUAAAGUAUAAAUGUUCUUUAUAAUUCAGAUUUUGAGUGUUUAUUCACUUGGUGGGGGAAGAUGGGACACCUUUUUAUUCUAUUUUCUUGUGUCAUUCGGUAGUAAACAAAGAA